UGCGUUUUUGAUGCUCACAAGCGCAGUAACAGGUUGCAUCACUAAAAGAAUAGGUUGCGUUGUGUUCAUUCUUUAUAUUAAAUUUCAACAAAAAUAAUAAUAAUAAAUGAAUUUGUGAUUCGAGAAAAAUUUGUCACUAUGUUUGUUUUAUUAUUAAUUGUGAUAUUAGGCUUGGCUUUUUAUCAUUUUUACACUCACUAUGGGAGACGUGGAAAAAUGAUUAAUAAACUACCAGGACCAAAGAUUAUUCCUUUAUUAGGAAAUUCUCAUCUCUUUCAAGGUUCCCCUGCUGAUGUAUGGAAUGUAAUAAGAAAACUCAACAAACAAUACUCUCGAUUGUGGAGAGUUUGGCUGGGUCAUUAUCCAACAGUAAAUCUAUAUCAUCCCGAUGAUGCAGAGAUUCUCUUAUCGAGUAUGAAGUACAUUGAAAAAAGUAAAGAAUACGAUUUUUUGCAUCCAUGGUUAAAAACUGGCUUACUGACAAGUACAGGAAAAAAAUGGCAAACUCGACGCAAAAUGUUAACGCCCGCUUUUCAUUUUAGUGUUCUUAAGGAAUUUUUAGAUAUUUUUGAUGAACAUUCAAAAAUUCUUGUUGAACAUUUAAAAUCACAUGGAGAUGAAAGUGUACACGAUAUUGUGCCAAUUUUUACAAAAUACACUCUAAACACAAUUUGUGAAACUGCAAUGGGUACUUCAUUGCACGAUUCAGAUACUCAAGAUGAUACAUACAGAAAUGCUUUGCAUCAUCUUGUAGAAAUUUUAUAUUACAGAGCAUUCAGACCAUGGUUGGCAGCAGAUUGGAUUUUCAAUUUAUUUUCAAAAGGUGGAUUAUUUAAUCAAUAUCUGAUGAUGCUUCAUAAAUUUUCAACAAAUAUUAUCAAUGAAAGAAAAGAAUUUCAUGAACAAACAGGAGAUCGACAUUUGAAAUCUAUUAUUUCAUCAGAUACAUCAACAAAUAUAGCGUAUGAUGGAAUAAAAAGUCGAAAGAAACGAAUGGCAAUGUUAGAUCAUUUAAUUGCUGCACAAAAAUUUGGCGAUCAAAUUGAUGACGACGGUAUUCGAGAGGAAGUUGAUACAUUUAUAUUUGAGGGACAUGAUACAACAUCAAUGGGAAUGUGUUUCGUACUAUUAAUGCUUAGUGAACACAAAGAAAUUCAGGAUCAAGCGCGAGAGGAAGUCGAUAUGGUUCUAAAUGAAAUGAAUGAUAAAAUUGGUACAGCUGAGAUACAGCAAUUGAAUUAUCUUGAACAAUGUAUUAAGGAAACAUUGCGUUUAUAUCCAUCAGUUCCUCUAAUAUCGCGACAUCUUCAUACAGAUUUGCAAUUAGAAAAUUAUUUAAUUCCGGCUGGUUGUAGUGCGGAUUUGCAUAUUUAUGAUUUACAUAGAAAUCCAAAUUUUUGGCCUGAUCCGGAAAAAUUUGAUCCCGAUAGAUUUUCACCUGACAGAAGUCAAAAACGUCAUCCGUAUUCAUUUGUUCCAUUUAGUGCUGGUCCACGCAAUUGUAUAGGUCAAAAAUUCGCUAUGAUGGAACUAAAGACAUAUAUGGCACAUAUUCUACAUAAAUUUAUUCUCGAGCCAGUUGAUUAUUCUAAGGAUAUAAUUAUUAAUUCCGAUUUAGUUAUAAGACCCGCUGUUCCAAUUCGCGUGAAAUUCACAGCUAGAGUAAAAUAGAUUCAAUUUUUUUUUUUUUAACAUUAUUAAAACAUAAUAGAUUAUAUAAUUUUAAACGGAUGCAGUUUUAUUUAUUUGAAAUAAGUAAAUAAUAAAAAUAAACAAAUAGUAAAAAGUAAAUAAUAAAAAUAAACAAAUAGUAAAAAGUAAAUAUAAUAAAAAUAAACAAAUAGUAAAAAAUAAAUAAUAAAAAUAAACAAAUAGUAAAAAAAUAAAUAACAAAUAAAUAAUACAAAAAAAAA